UGGGGAAAAUUUAAUGGGAACAGAAACUUUUUUUUUUUCAAACCCUUCUUCUUUUUUUGCUUCUCGGGGUUUUUUCUUUGCAACGCAACGGAAAAAGCCGGCUUAAUUCUGAUGACCAUAUUAACGUCGACAAUACGAGUCGCGAGAACGAAAUAA